AGGCGGCCAUUCCACAUCUCUCCACCCGUCGGCGUCCCCGUUUCUCCUCCUCCUUUGCCACCCCCCACCCCCCUAACCAAACCCUCGUCGUCCUCCGAUGGAUUCCAAUUAAAUUUGAUGCUCUUUCGAACGAAUAAAGUUGCAAGCAAAAUUACGAUAAAGCCCCUCCCUUUGGAAGAAAGGGUAAAAAGGUCGCCCUUUCGUCCCCCUCGCUUGGUUCCUUGUGAGAUCUCGGAGGAGGAGGAGGAGGAGAGAUGUCGCUGCGAAGGGCGAUUCUGUCGAGGGUCUCGUCGUCGUCCAUUAGCUUCUUAGGAGAGUCCAGGAGCUCGGCGCGCCGGGAGAGGAGCGAUGUGGAGGAGAUAGAGGGCGGAGGUAGGGAUGGGGUGGUGGCAGCGGCAGGAGAGGAGGAGGAGGCGGGUCGGUGGGCGCGGAUGCUACCGGAGCUGAUCGCAGAGAUCGUGCGGCGGGUGGAGGCAGGCGGGGAGCGCUGGCCGCUGCGGAAGGACGUGGUGUCCUGCGCUUGCGUCUGUCGGAGGUGGAGGGAAGUGACGAGAGGAGUCGUCCGGCCCCCGCUCGAGACCGGAAAGAUCACCUUCCCUUCUUCCCUCAAGGAGCCAGGGCCAGCGGAUACUCCGAUCCAGUGCUAUAUUAAAAGGAACAAGAAGAAUUCGACCUUCUAUCUGUAUCUCGGGUUGUCCCAAACAUUUACCGAUAAAGGAAAGUUCCUUCUAGCAGCUCGUCGGUUUAGGCAUGGUGCUCUCACUGAGUACAUCAUCUCUCUUGACGUUGAUGGCCUGUCUCAAGGAAGCAAUGCAUAUGUGGGAAAGUUGAGAUCUGACUUCUUGGGUACAAAUUUUACCAUCUACGAUAGCCGGCCACCAUAUGGUGGUGCCAAGGCAUCAAGCAGCCGAGCAAGCAGGCGAUUUGCGAGCAAGCAAAUCAGCCCACAGGUCCCUGCUGGUAACUUUGAGAUCGGACAAAUCUCCUAUAAAUUCAACCUCCUCAAAUCGAGAGGGCCAAGAAGGAUGCACUGCACUCUACAGUGUCCCACGGCACUAGACAGCACAGAGGAGAAUCCACUGAAGUCAAAGGCGCAUAGUGCUGGGACAUCUGUAGUUCUUAGGAACAAGGCUCCUCGGUGGCAUGAGCACCUGCAGUGCUGGUGCUUGAAUUUUCAUGGUCGUGUUACGGUGGCCUCAGUGAAGAACUUUCAGCUGGUGGCAACCGCAGAUGCCAAUCAUCCGUCAGGAAUCGGGGAUGGGGAGACGGUGCUGCUGCAGUUUGGUAAGGUCGGGGAUGACAUGUUCACCGUGGAUUACCGCCAACCACUCUCAGCCUUCCAGGCCUUCGCCAUCUGCCUCACCAGCUUUGGUACAAAAUUUGCCUGUGAAUAGCAACCUUCCUAGACUUUCUAUGCUGCAAUAUGUUGCCUUGUAGUUGUAGGGACUUGAUAUCUUUAGUCUAUUUAUUGUCUCUCUGGGUUGAGGAAAUGUUGUUUGUGUUAUCCUUUCAUUCAGGGAAUGGUCUUUGCUAGCUGCCGAGCUGCUUCUCCUCGAUGGCUUACGAACAAGAUUAUUGUUUCCGACUCUUUAACAAGUGUAUUAAUGAUCAAAUCUUCUGAGUAUAUGUGUUUUGUAAUCUGAACCUUGUUUGUAUUGUUCUUUAUUGAAUGUACUAUGGAAGAGAGCCGGAAGUUCA